CUGUAUAUAAAUACUUCAAUUAAUGUUGAGUCAACAAAGGAGCUCUAAACCCAAAGGCCCCCUUCUGCAUCAAAAGGACCGAACACGUACAUUCCCCAUCCUCCUAAUUCCCAAGUGGUACCCCAAUCCAAUUUGUCUCCUUCCGCCGCCAGUCCAAUCACCAUGACCCAAAACUCCGACGCCACUCCCUUCACUCGAUUCGACGUCGUUUCGGACCACUCAGACCACUACUACAGUGCCUACGGCAAGAAGCAAAAGUACGGCGGAUCCGUCCACAAGUUGAUCAUGAAGGAGUGGCGGAUUCUGGAGAACAAUCUCCCCGACUCUAUCUACGUCCGCGUGUACGAGACGCGCAUUGAUCUUCUCAGAGCCGUCAUCGUCGGCGCCGCCGGGACUCCCUACCACGACGCGCUCUUCUUCUUCGAUAUCAACUUCCCGUCGGACUACCCGACCAGGCCGCCCAAUGUGCAUUACCGCUCAUACGGGUUGCGGGUCAACCCGAAUCUUUACGCGAGCGGGUUCGUCUGCCUGAGCCUGCUGAACACCUGGACCGGAAAGAAGAGGGAGAAGUGGGACCCGGCCCAGUCCACGGUCCUCCAGGUUCUGGUCUCGAUCCAGGCGCUCGUUUUGAACGAGAAGCCGUAUUUCAACGAACCGGGCACCGGGUCGCCGGGCGGGUCGGCCGGGGAGAAGAGGUCGCGGGCGUACAAUGAGGACGCGUUUGUCUUGACGUGCAAAACGACGCUGUUUUCGCUCCGGAACCCGCCCAAGAAUUUCGAGGCGUUCACGGCGGAGCAUUAUCGCGAGAGGGGGAGUCGAAUUGCAAGAGCGUGCGGCGCGUACGUGAACGGGCGCGUGGGAGUUGGGUACUACAGAGAUGGGGUGGAGUUUGAGCCGUGCUCGUCUUCUAAGUCUAAAGUAGUUUCGAAAAAAUUUGUAGGGUUAAUGCAGGAGUUGUACCCGCAACUCGUCCAGGCUUUCAAGAAGAAUGGGACUCUUUUGGGGGAUUUAGUGGAGCAGUUGGAGGUGAAGAAGAAAACGACGCCGGUUAAUAAGGUUCGAGUUGACAAGAAAGCUAAGGUUGGUAUUGCUAACAAGGUUAUUGGGAAAUUGCGCAAGUUAUUUUGUUUGAACAAGAAGAAGAGUCAGAAGAUGGAGGAGAGUGAUAAGGAGGAUGUCAAUGCUGGAGUGGCUCCUUGAUUUACUUUCUUGGGUCACUUUUGGGUGGGUAAAUAAUUUAAUUUCUGUUCUCCAAGUAAAACCAUUACUCAAACAGUAAAAGAUGCAGUCUUUAGGUUAACUUUGGUAGGUUCUAAUCGAGAAUGUAAAGCAACAUGAUCUCAAUCUGUUACCGUUUCUAUUUACUGAGAUAUCUAGUUUAAAUGUUAUUGCUGGCACCAA